AUGAACCCUCAAGCCCCUCACUACAAGUAUAACACGCCGGCCCCUUCUGGCAACAACGGCACCAGAAACGGCAGUAACCUCGCCACUAUUUUUGGCUCUCUGCGCACAACCUUCGUGCCUGCCUCCGUACCUACCACUAACAGCACUCGCGGAACGUCUACUCCACAUCGUGAGACACCUAAUCAAACUCCCACCCCAACUCCAACUACUCAGAGUCACUCGCUUGUCAAGUUCGAGCCUCGCAUGAGCUCAAACGAAGAGCUGUUCGAGCGCGCUCGUGUGGAGCAGCAGGAGCAGAGCCAAUUGUUGCUGCACUCUAAACUGCUUCGCCUGACCGAGCAGGUUGAUGAGUUGAUGAACCAGCGCGCCGCUUUCGAAGAGAAGCAGACCGAAGGCGCUCAAAUCAUCAAUGACCUCCGUGGCGAGGUUCUCCAGCUCAAGACCCAGGUCAAAUCUCAGAACGACAAGCUUGGAAUCCUCAAGGGUCUCAGCGAUGACCAUAUCAGGGAGCACAAGGCUCUGGCUCAGCAUCUCAAGGAGAUGCCUGGAAACCUGGACGCUCUUCUUCGGUACACUGUUACUCGUAUCGAUAGAGUCGAAACAGUCGUGCGCGGCGUUGAAUUCCAGGUAGGCAACCAGAUCAAACAACACGCCACUCAGCUCCGUGACAACGAUAAGCGCAUUGUUGAGCUCGAGCAGUGCAGUAGCCAUGACAUGAAGGACUACAAUGGCUCGAUGUCACAGGAGAACAUCCAGCCUAGAUCUUCGGGUUCCGAUACCAACCACAGUGCCAGCAUUGAGAAGCUUGAGAAGACUCAAGUUACGCACACGUCGUACCUCGAAACUAUUGGACAGUCUCUUAUAGCCAACCAGAACAGCAUCACCGUAGCCGAGCACACCAUGAACGAUCUUCUUAUCAAGCUCGAUGAUCUGAAGUCGGCCAAUGCUGAAAUUCGUAGCCAUCAGCAGGCUGACCCAGGUCUUUUCAAGAUGGACGCAACCACUGACGCCAUCUCCAAGCUCCAGACGCAAGUUGAGCGCCUGGCUAGGAGCGUGCAGCACAAGACUGCCACGGUCGCUGCCGAGAUCCCUCAGGGUAAUGAUUCAAGUGCUGACGACGUGGAGAGACUGGUCAUUCAGAUGGAUGAAGUCCGCAGCAAGAUUGGCGGAAUGCAGGAGGAGCUCAACACCCAAAUUGAGAUGCGUAACAUCAUGGACGAGUGCGCCACAGCAAGCAAGGUCAGGCUUGAGACGAUGUUCUACCAGCUCACCAAGGAACUCAUGCACACUUGUGAGCCUGAGCACAUCGAGUUCGGUUUGGACGAAGAGCGUACAUUCAUCGUUAGACAGCGUGUCCUCGAACGUCUCACCAUCGAGAAUGGCGUUCAGCUUGAGUUCGAGCGCCUUCAGCAGUCGCAGUUGAUGCCACGCUGA